UCACAGAAAUACAGAUAUUAAAUUAGAUAUUAUUUAUAUUAUUAAUGUUCAAUAUUCAGUGCAUAGAAAAAAGAUUAAUACAUAUUUUUAUAUUACAGAACUAUUACAUAUCUGAUUUGUCAUUUAACUUUCACUUUUCAGAAACGUUUCCAAAAUGUCGUUCGCGGCAAAACCCUUUUUUAGAUCAUUUUCCACGUGCCCUAUACGAAACGGAAAGAGAAAUUUCAAAAACUUCAUACUGUAUAAUAGAGGAACAAAUCAGUUCAGAAAACAGCAAGAAGAAAACCCUAAUAAAGAUUUUCAAAUUACUGAUUAUGGAGUACGAGAUACCACAGUCAGGAUUGGCCGCAAAGUUGUAACUAUCAAAGAAAAAAUUCCAGAUAUUAUCGUUCCAGAUUUAGAUGAUUUCAAUUUAAAGCCGUAUGUGUCCUACAGAGUUCCUGAAAUUACUCAAUCUGAAUUUACAGCUCAAGAUUUAUUCAACGCCGUUUAUCGCAAAAAAAUUGUUGAUGAUUUCAAGAAUAACAAGCUAAAAGAAAAUUUUGAACCUAUUGAACCAAGUGAGGAAGAAUCAUUAACACCUGAACAAGCUAAACUAAAAGCGAGACAAACAGGCAGCGACAUGUUCUCACAAGGCAGAUAAAUUCAAAUGCUUAGUUUAAUUGAUAGAUUUUUGUAUACAUGUUGCUUACAAUUUAUUAAAAAUUUAGUUAUAAUAAUAUUAUGGUUUUUGAUAUAAUGUAUAUUAUAUAAUUUUCACAUAAUAUCUUUAUUGAUGAAUCAACUUGCAAUUUUUUAUUUGCUUUUUAUAAAUACACAGAUUGAAGAAUAAUGUUUUCAAACGACAAUUUUAAUUUAUUUGUAGAAAAUGUAGUUUAUUUAAAAAAUUAGUUUUGUUAUUUGUAUGGACCUAAAUGGUUUUAUUAAUAUUUCGAUGAUUAUGGUUUGUUUUAAAGUAAAAUUUAAGGAACCUUAUAACCUAACAUAAGAAGUGUAUAGUUUAUUAUAUUCGAUCAAUUAUAUUAUAAUUAUAAUUAUGCAGCCUGUGGCAACCAUUUAUAUAGAAAAAAAUUAUACUUAUUUG